GGCGUUCAUUUUCAGAGGUCCGGGCCUGUGUGCGUUUAGGUGCUCAGUUUGUGUUGCUCGUUUUAAUUUCUCCGAGUGUUUCCAUUGCAGUUUAAUUAAAACGUAACAACAAUGAGUGACGAUGAGAAAGAUUUCGUCAAAAGGGUUAAGGUUGGAAGAAGAGAAAUCUGGACGAAGUCAAAUGUCAAGUUGUUAAUGAGAAUAAUAUGAAGCUGAAUUUUCAGUGCAUGCUAAUAUUGCGAAGCAAAAGAAGUUCCCAUAUAGCAUUUAUGGGCAGUGAGAGAAGUUUGGGGAAGAGGAAUGAAGUCAGAAAUGAAAUUGAAACUGAAGAAAGAAGAAAAGAUGUGUAAUGAAGUUAAGAUCAGAAGUUAUCUGGGAUAAGAUCACAGUGCUAAGUAACUCUUAGUAUGUUUGUCAUAUGCGUGCAUGCGUAAAUCUCUUCUGUUGUCCAUUUGUAUUGCAAUAGUUACUUUUGUCCUAUAGCAUGAGACUCCGUAAUUUACACCAAGCUAUUUGAUGAUUAAUAUGAUGAAUUACAUGUGAAAAAAAAUGAGAAUGUUUAACUGUAAGUCCUUCAAAGUAGGCCUAAUUGUUUGUUUUUGCACUUGAAAAAGGCUGUCAUCACUGGAUAAUCCUAUAUAUCCCUAUUUGUAGUUUGGUCUCAAAUUGACAUUGAAUUAUUAGUUAAAACAUUGCCAACAUGACCCUGUUCCUUGGCUCUAAAUUGAUUCGGAUGUGGUUGGUUUAGGAGUCCCGUUCGGCCUCUAGGAGUGCAAGUCCUAAAGGAUCUGGUAAGUCAGCAAGUCGCCCACGGGAUCGUUCACCUGCUCACUCAAAAGAGGGUUCCCGCCACUCUCGCUCCAAGUCCCGUUCUCGCUCCAGGUCCAAGACGAGGCAAGUACAUUGUUUCUUGUCUUUUUGAGGUUUUGUUGUCUUCCCAAGAGUAUGAUAGCCCUAAUUUACUUGGUUCAUUCACAGACCAGCUUUGUUUUGUCUUUAUGGUUGAAAGAAGGAACGGUUUAGGGCCAGAAAAAAAAAUUCCCUCAUCCAGGGCUACAAUUUUAAGCACUCUGCAGUUAAUCAUUUGACAUACGUCAAUAGCAACUCUAUAUAUCGUGAAAAUUAAGCUGGAGGUUCUUAUCUGUUGAAUGGGCAUGAGUAGUAGGCCCAAAUGGAAUCUGCAGACUUUGACGUUUAGUGUGCUAAUGUUGGGGAAAACUGAGGAAAUGGUUUUAAACAUGGUUAAAUGUGUCAAACAGAGUUUAGAGUACUACAUCCUUAUGGGUAACUGAGGAAGAUUAUCAAAUUAACCAAAUGCUGUAAUUUAACAAACAGUGUCUAUAACUUGUGAAUGAUGGAUGUUCCAAUUCUGCAGGCAUAUAUUCCCUGUGAGCCUGCUUAUCAGUUUGCAGUUUAAUGGACCAUAUGAUUGCAUUAAUGUUGUUGAGCCUUUGUCAUCUUUUCCACUUUAAUCCUUCCCAACACAGAUCUCGUUCCCAUCGGAGCUCUCGCAGACACUACAGUCGUUCCCGCUCGCGCUCCCAUUCUCGCCGCAGGCGUUCACGCAGUCGCUCUUACAGCAGCGAAUACCGUCGCCGCCACAGUCCAAGUCACUCUCCUAUGUCGAACCGUAGACGCCAUGUUGGUGACAGGGCAAACCCAGACCCAAACUGCUGCCUGGGAGUCUUUGGGCUGAGCCUUUACACCACAGAGAGGGACCUGAGAGAGGUCUUCUCCAAGUACGGCCCUCUUAGUGAUGUCUCCAUUGUGUACGACCAGCAGUCUCGGCGUUCUAGGGGGUUUGCCUUCGUCUACUUUGAGAACAGAGAGGAUGCAAAGGAGGCUAAAGAGCGUGCAAAUGGUAUGGAGCUGGAUGGUCGCAGAAUCAGAGUGGACUUCUCGAUUACAAAGAGACCACACACCCCUACUCCUGGAAUUUAUAUGGGAAGACCAACAUAUGGUGGAGGCCCAAGCGUAAGCAGCAGACACCGUGAUUACAACGAACGUGGCUAUGAGCGAGGGGGCUAUGAUCGUUAUGAUGACCGUGAUAACUACAACAACAGGUCGUACAGAAGAAGGUCCCCCUCUCCCUACUAUGGACGAGGUCCGUACAGGUCAAGAUCACGCUCUCGCUCCUACUCCCCACGUCACUACUGAAAAGUGAAGAGUCCUCUCACCCUUCCUGGAUCCAAUGAUGGCAAUGACAACAGAUUUUUAUUUCUGGUGACAUGAGUUUUAAUUUACUUUAAACUCAUCCCCUUCUAUUUCUUGCCUAAAGAUUUCAUGUUUCCUUGACCAGUCUGGAUGUUGUUUUUUUUUGUUGUUUUUUUAUCUGAUGCUAAAUUUGCGUUUGUUGUAUAUUGUGAUUAGGUUCCGGCUCCUUACUCCUCAUUGUUUUUAUGCGUUUUAAGCUUAGUAUUGCAGUGGUCAUGCAAUAAAAUGCUUUAUAC